AUGGUCUACGUGCCUCCAGAAAUUCGUGAUAUGAUUAUAGACUAUCUGUGGUACGAUUCAGCAGCCCUGCAGAAGUGCUGCCUGAUGUGUCGAGCAUGGCUUCCGCGAUCUCGACUUCACAGUUUUCACACCAUUGUCAUCGCGGGUGACAACCAGUACGCCAGAUUCGAGCGAGUCAUCGAAGCAUCGCCUGCCCUUUGUGACUACGUGCGUUGCGUCACCUUCAAAGGUUUCGACAGCUGGUAUCCCGGUGGUGGUCUUUUCAACGUGUUACGCAUGCUCAGUCGAGUGGAGGAGGUAGCCCUGCAGGAUUGCGAGUACGUGGAAGCACUGGUCGAUUGGGAUGGAGACAUCUCCUCUUACUUCCCCAUGGUUCGGAGUUUCCGUCUGCUAAAGGGAGAGAUCCUUGGAAGCUCGUGGGCUGUGGGAUUGUCGAGAGUGUAUGAUGGGUAUCGCAUCCGCCGAAUACUUGCGGAAUGUCCGAAGCUCCGUGCGGUACACUUUGCCGGAGUUCAGCUGUCUCAUCCUACAGCAGGAGUUGGUCCACUGGAUGCUGCUCCGGAAGGCAACACUGGAGCAUCUCGCCAGCUCGACAUCCAUGACCUCACUCUUUCCUAUGAUCCGACACAGAUAACCCCUGGUGUUCCUCCUCCCCUGUCAUGGCUCUUUGCGCCUCCUUUGAAGUUACAGCUUCAGAAUCUUGCCCUGAUGUGGUGCGAAAAGAGUUCACUCACUCCGCUUGGCAUUACCGACCAGGAAUUGCUUUGCAACUCCAAGGACAGCCUGGAAGAGCUGACACUACUGUGUCCGGAAACUGCAUUUCACCCAUUCGAAAUGCCUUCCCCACCCCAAAUGUUUUUAGAUCUGGCCCAGAAUUCGCGGUUAACGUCUUUAAAACUGAUAGUGCCGUGGAUAACCGGCUUUGACCCAGGACCUGAAAUCGCAAGAUGGAUCAAAGCUUUCCACUCCCAGUUGGCGAUCAACAGCGCCAGCCUCACUCGGUUGACCCGGGUGGAAAUUGAGUUGAAGAUAGAGUACCCCUCUGUAAAAGACCGGGCGCUAUUCCAACCUGUUGGUUACUGCUCUGACUGGGUUCCAAUCGACAGCCAACUCGCCGCUUUGGCGGUUGACUGCAAUACAGGUUGCGGUGCCAAGAGGCGCAUCGAGGUUGUCUUCAAAGUGAACCUCGUGCACCAUGAUAUCCUCGAUGUCUCGUCUAGCUACAUUCGAAAGUGGAUCGCAGCCCGCUUACAGCUGUUUUGCGACUGCCCAUCGAGUCGGCUGGAUGUGAUAUACUCCAUCCAAGCAAGCCUGAAGGCUCGGUACCAGCAGCAUUACUUGAAUGUGUUAUAUCCGCCGGGUUUGAGUUUGAUAUCUCUUUAUCACUUAUUUUCGUGA